UAUUAUAAAGGAUUAAUAAAUAAUGAUAAAUUAUUCUAUGCAUGGUCAAAUGAUAAAUGUAUUCGUUUAGUUCGAGAAUUAACAUUUGAAAAUGCUGAAGAAUUAACAGAUGAAGGUUUACCAUUUCUUAUUUUAUUUCAUCAUAUUGAUGAUCAUCAAUCUGUUUCAUUAUUUGAACAUGAAGUUGCUAAACAACUUAUCCAUGAAACAUCAACUAUUAAUUGUUUACAUGCUGAUGGAUCAAAAUUUAUUCAUCCAUUAGAACAUUUACGAAAAACAACUGAUGAUUUACCAUUAUUAGUUAUUGAUACUUUUCGACAUAUGUUUAUUUUUCAAGAUAUUAAACAAAUAUCAGUAAAUGAAAAUUUAUUAAAAUUUGUUAAAGAUCUUCACUCAGGAAAACUUCAUCAAGAUUUUCAUAAUUCACCUCAAACAACAAAACAAUCAAUUAUUAAAGUAAUAUACAAUUAUUUAUAA